UCAUCACACACAUUUCAAAAAAUGACUACACUCCCCCGUACAUCCUUUACACAUCCACUCAACCUCACGCCCCUCCUCCCAACAACACCCCCAUCACCCCCCGAAGACCUAUUGGACCAUCUCGCGAAAUGCAGUGACUUGAAAGAUGGGGGUGGACUCUUUUUGAGUUCGUGUCCUGGUAAAAAAGUUCGACUAAAUGGGCCGUUGCAUGGUCGUGGUAAUCAACAUUAAAUACAUUUGAAGUGUUCUGUAUGUAUAUUAACCGUUUUUUUUUAAAAGCCAUGAUAAAUAGGGAUUUACCAACCGAUUUCGUACGACUUGUAUCUUUUCGUAUUCAAUUGAUUGUUUGCUGUCUUAAUGAUGCAGAGUUAUCCUACCUGGGUGCUCCAUGGGCACUCUAUGCAGCCACUGCACACUCAUUUGGGAUAUCCAUUCUACGACUUCCGAUGCUGGAAGGAUCCGUUCCAUCGAGUUUUGAGGAAAUGGAUCUGGUUUUGCAGAGAGUAUCUGAAGAGAUUCGGCGUGGUGUGAGGGUAUUAUGUCAUUGUCGAGGAGGUGUAGGUCGGGCGGGAGUCUUGGCAUGCUGUUACUUACUCCGCAACGCAUACAUUCGGACACCCUUACGAGCAAUCACGUACGUACGAGCCAGAAGAAGUCGAAAGGCGAUUGAAACGGUUCGACAGGAAGAGUUUGUUGCGGGGUAUUUCGAGUGGUGGAAAGCGCAGAACACGUCUUGAAAAAACAAAGAACCCCCAGAUAGCGGUGUGAGGAUACAAAUGAUUCGGACUCCCUUCAUUCAAGGAAAAAGUCAUCUCCCUCUUCCUCUUUUUCUGAUUCCUCCACUGCAUCCUCCUCCUCCUCUUUGGAACUCUCCCCAAACACAUCUCGCCCUCGCAACACCUCCCCCUUUCCAAACCCCCCAUUCCGCACCCGCCCCGAAACAACCUCCCAAAUCCUCUUGCGCCGCGCAUCCGUCACAGGAUCCUGCAUCCCUUCUUUGGGAAACAAGGAAAUGUACUUUAAAUCCGCCGGAUAGUGUAUUGUAUAGGCAAGGUUCGUCUCGGCUUCGUGGAGCGCCGUCGGGUCCUUUGUGUCCUGCGUAGAUAAUUGUGUACGUAGGGCUUUGAGUUUUCGAGUACAUUUCUUUUGUUCUGUAAAGAAUACACACAAGGGAUGUUAAAAGAUUCACUUUAUGAA